ACGCUCCUCACAAAUGGCAAAAUUUCUAAAAGCUCAGCUGUCUUCUCCACCGAACCAGCCUCUUUUUAUUACGAGUGCCAAACUUUCUUCACUCUCUUAUUUUCUUCCACGCCAAUCUGUUUCUUCUCCUAUGCUCAAAACACUUAUCCGUUUUUCGUUCAGGAGCCACGCAACUACCACUUCGUCUUCGUUAAUAGCAAGAGACUGCAUUUGUCCAAGGCCUUUCUCGAAGUUUUACCCUCGCUUUGUUGGUCGUUUUCACACGCACAGAGUCGUCUCCAUGGCUGAACGUCCAGUUGAAACGACGUCGUCUUCUCACAAGUACACCAAUCGUCUCGCUACUGAACACAGUCCUUAUCUCCUCCAACACGCCCAUAAUCCGGUCAAUUGGUAUCCGUGGGGUGAAGAAGCUUUCGCUGAAGCGCGUAGGAGAGACGUGCCAAUCUUCUUAUCGAUUGGAUACAGCACCUGUCAUUGGUGUCAUGUUAUGGAGGUGGAGUCUUUUGAGGAUGAGGGAGUUGCAAAAUUGUUGAAUGACUGGUUCGUUAGUAUUAAGGUGGAUCGAGAGGAACGACCGGAUGUUGAUAAGGUUUAUAUGACAUUCGUGCAAGCAUUAUAUGGUGGUGGAGGAUGGCCGCUAAGCGUCUUCCUUUCACCUGAUUUGAAACCUUUGAUGGGUGGGACUUACUUCCCCCCGGAUGAUAAUUAUGGAAGACCAGGAUUUAAGACUAUACUUAGAAAGGUGAAAGAUGCUUGGGACAACAAGAGGGAUAUGCUUGUCAAGAGCGGAGUCUUGGCCAUUGAGCAGCUGUCUGAAGCAUUAUCAGCAAGUGCAAAUACAAAUAAAUUGCCAGAUGGGCUUUCACAAAAUGCUUUACGCUUAUGUUCAGAACAACUUUCUAAGAGUUACGAUUCCAGGUAUGGUGGUUUUGGAUCUGCCCCAAAGUUUCCUAGACCAGUUGAGAUUCAACUGAUGCUCUACCACUCAAAGAAGUUAGAGGAUGCUGGAAAAUUGAGUAAAGCAAAUGAAGGCUUGAAGAUGGUUUUAUUUAGUUUGCAAUGCAUGGCAAAGGGAGGCAUUCAUGAUCAUGUUGGAGGUGGCUUUCAUAGAUAUAGUGUGGAUGAGAGAUGGCAUGUUCCUCAUUUUGAGAAAAUGCUGUAUGAUCAAGGGCAACUUGCUAAUGUUUACUUGGAUGCCUUUUCCAUUGCCAAUGAUGUCUUAUAUUCAUUCGUAUCGCGGGAUAUUCUUGAUUAUUUAAGGAGAGACAUGAUGGGAACAGAGGGUGAAAUAUUUUCAGCAGAGGAUGCUGAUAGUGCUGAGACUGAAGGUUCUAGAACAAAAAAGGAAGGAGCUUUCUACAUAUGGACCAGUGAAGAGAUUGAUAACAUCCUUGGAGAGCAUGCAACACUUUUUAAGGAUCAUUAUUACAUAAAGCCUCUGGGGAACUGUGACCUUUCUAGGAUGAGUGAUCCUCACAAUGAAUUUAAGGGAAAAACUGUGCUCAUUGAGUUAAAUGAUGUCUCAGCAUUGGCAUCAAAACAUGGCUUGCCCAUUGAAAAAUAUCUUGAUAUAUUGGGUGAAUGUAAGCAAAAGCUUUUUCAAGUGAGAUCAAGACGGCCGAGGCCACAUUUGGAUGAUAAGGUAAUUGUAUCAUGGAAUGGGCUUGCAAUUUCAUCUUUCGCAAGAGCUUCUAAGGUUCUCAAGGGAGAAAAUGAGAGCACUAAAUACCACUUUCCUGUUGUUGGCUCUGAUCCCAGGGAGUACCUUGAAGUUGCAGAGAAGGCAGCAACAUUCAUCAGAAAACAUCUUUACAAUGAGCAAACACGCAGGCUUCAGCACAGCUUUAGGAAUGGUCCUUCCAAAGCACCUGGGUUUUUAGAUGAUUAUGCUUUCCUUAUUUCUGGGCUGCUCGACCUUUAUGAGUUUGGUGGUGGAAUAUACUGGUUAGUGUGGGCAACCGAACUGCAGAAUACCCAGGAUGAAUUAUUUCUUGAUAAAGAGGGAGGAGGCUAUUUUAAUACCCCAGGUGAAGACCCUUCAGUCCUUCUCCGAGUAAAGGAGGAUCAUGAUGGAGCAGAGCCCUCGGGAAAUUCAGUUUCUGCAAUUAAUCUCGUUAGAUUGUCCUCUAUGGUGACUGGUAGUAAAUCUGAUUAUUAUAGGCAGACUGCAGAGCAUCUUCUGGCAGUUUUUGAGAGAAGACUAAAUGAAAUGGCUAUGGCAGUACCUUUGAUGUGUUGUGCGGCAGACAUGUUCUCUGUGCCUCAUCAGAAGCAAGUUGUCUUAGUUGGCCACAAGCCAUCCUCGGAGUUUGACAAUAUGUUGGCUGCUGCUCAUGCAUCAUAUGAUCCCAACAGAAGAGUAAUUCAUAUAGAUCCCACCAACAAUGAGGAAAUGGAAUUUUGGGAUGAUAAUAAUAGCAACGUAGCACUCAUGGCAAGGAAUAAUUUUUCUGCAGAUAACGUGGUAGCUUUAGUCUGUCAAAACUUCACCUGCAGUCCUCCAGUCACUGACCCUAAAUCUCUUGAAGCUUUGCUUUCCAAGAAACCUGUUGCUGUAUAGAACUUGGCUGGUACAGAAUUUCAAUGGAAACCAUUGGCAGAUGUUUAUGAACAUGAUCUUCGGUAGGAUAUAGUGUUAAUGGUUAGGUCACCAUCAUGAUUUGUACUCGAGGUGUUAUUUAUGUAGACUUGAUCACAUCAGAUGUUCCAGGUGAACGGUUGACCCUAUGUAGGUUGGUGGUUUUGUAUUAUGCAGGAAUGUUUUAAUUACUCUUGAUAAAUGUUUCUAUAUAAACAUGUUUCGAAGGGUUGAAUUGAGCCUUAAAUGAGGAAGAUACUUUUGUAAUGUAUUUUUAGAAAUAAAACGUUCAAUAACAAUGAGCUAAUAAAGUUGUCCCUGAGCUCUUGCAAGAUUUGUAGCA